GGUAGUAAAUCUUUACUGUGGAAAAAAUGAAUUGAAUGUUUUAAGUUGAUGAAUUUCAACCUCAUUUUGUGCAAAUUUGUGAAUAUUUGAUGAAAGGAUAGAUAGACUUCCAAAUGAAGUCAAGGAUUAAUUAAGCUGAAUUGUUUACAUGAUCUGGGUGUGUUAACAAGAUAAUUUCAAAUGUGUUAUUUAAUCAAAGUGAGAAGUCACACUUAGGACAUCUGGCUUUUGGAUUUGACAAGGGAGGUAACCAAUGGGAUGUUCCAGUAUCACUCAGUUUGUAGAGGUUGCAAAAGGGUUUAGUAAAAUUUCUUGCCUCUGGUUAACUUGGAUUUGUUUUUUUUUGGGAAUGAAAACAUCAUUGCUGGAUCUUUUAGUUUCAUUUCUGGUUUUUUUUAGUGCUUCCAUCCUUCUUUUCCAGUAGCCAACCAAUCAUUGAUAUUUUCUCAGAGAUAUUGCAAAUUUAAUGUUCUUAGCUCUAACUGGCAUUUCUUUUGCUCUUAAACAGAGAACUUGGGAAAGGUCCAAAUUAGCCACUACAUUGGAUCAUGUAGUUGUGGCUACGGAUGAUGAAAAAAUUGCAGAAUGUUGUCGAGGAUUUGGUGCAGAUGUGGUGAUGACAUCAGAGUCUUGUCGAAAUGGCACUGAAAGAUGUAAUGAAGCACUUCAAAAUCUGGAGAAGAAGUAUGAUAUUGUUGUGAAUAUUCAGGGGGAUGAGCCUCUAAUUGAACCUGAGAUAAUAGAUGGUGUUGUUAAAGCUCUGCAGGCAGCCCCUGAUGCUGUUUUUAGCACUGCUGUUACAUCUUUGAAACCUGAAGAUGCAUUUGAUCCAAAUAGAGUAAAAUGUGUGGUGGAUAAUCGUGGUUAUGCUAUUUAUUUCUCAAGGGGGCUAAUUCCGUAUAACAAGUCAGGGAAGGUCAACCCUAAAUUUCCAUACUUGCUUCAUCUUGGUAUCCAGAGCUAUGAUUCAGAGUUUUUAAAGAUAUAUCCACAGCUUCCGCCUACUCCACUGCAGUUAGAAGAGGAUCUGGAACAGCUGAAAGUCCUUGAGAAUGGCUAUAAGAUGAAGGUAAUAAAGGUUGACCAUGAUGCUCAUGGGGUUGACACUCCUGAAGACGUAGCGAAGAUAGAAUCUCUUAUGCUGGAGAGAAACUUGUCUUAGUUUGCAGCGUUAAGCUCAAACCUUGGAGCAUGUGGUUCAGUCUAUCUAUAGUCCUUACAGGUAUUCACAUCGUCAAAACUUAUAUCAGGUUGGAUGGAAUUCUGUUUCACAGAAAUCUUGUUCGAAGGGAAGUCAUAAAAAUAUUGUUCUAUAGCUUCUGUUCAUUCUAUAGAAAUAUACAUUUUACUCCGGCUUAUGCAGUCUAAAUUUCUGAGAUCUUUGUCAGUUCUAAACCCACGUCGGUUAGGACUUGGGAGUUUCUGCAUGUCGAAUCCUUGUACUACAAGAUUACACAUCUGUUUGUUUAAUAUGAAUCCACCCCCCUCCCCCCCCAUGCUUGACUCUUCAUUACCAUCAGUACAUGCCCUGCAAUAAAUCCACAGUAGCAAA